GUUCUCCCCAUCUCUGUGCAGGUUCUCUCUGGGUACUCUGGCUUUCUCUUGCAUUCUAAAGUUGUGCAUGGGGUUCAGGUUAAUUGAUUUUAAAUUGACUCCAGGUGUGAACGUGAAUGCCAGUGGUAUCUGUCUCUAUGUGUUAGCCCUGCAACAGACUGGUGACCUAGUCAGGGUGUUGCCUAACUCUUGUCCCUAUGACAUACAGCUGGCAUACACUCCAGCUUUGCUGAACUCCACGACCUUGAACUGGAUAAGCAGAGGAAAAUGGAUGGAUGACUUUCUUUUUAACAGAAAGCCUCACAUCAAAUAUGAUCAUACAUUAAUGCUAAAAAUCUAAGAGUGCAAAGCUGAUGUGAGUAUUGUAGAAAUAUUAGCCAAAUAAUAAGACAGAGUAACUCUCUCUUGUAACGCUAGGACAGGGCAAGUUAGUUUACAAAAAUGUCCUCGCUUUUGUAGGCCUCACUCCGUCUGUGUAGAUUUCUGCUGUAGUGCAGGUGGUCAAAAUACAUGUUUCUGGGUUUUUUGUGAUCUAUAGAUCAUUUAUAUCUGGCUAUAAAUUCUAUACAGUAGCGGUAAUAAAGCCAUAGGACUACCUUACAUUUGGAAGGUGUCACCAUGCAGAGAAACUCCAAAGGUCAGACUGCAGUUUACAACCUUCUCUCACAUGUGAAAGAUAUCCUGAAGACAAGCAGCAAGAUGAAGCACCUUCUGUUUUGGGGGUUUGUCCUUUCGGCUUUCAAAAUCAGCCAUUCAAACAUUCCAGAUUUCUGUCUAUUACCUCCUGAUGUGGGCCAGGGAACAAGCUUCACUUUUGCUGUUCAUUAUGAUGUUAACAAAGAUCAGUGCACUCCUUUCCUAUACAACGGUCAAGGAGGAAAUGCUAACCGUUUUGAAAAUGAAAGAGAGUGCAUGAGAAACUGUUCACCCAAUGCAGAGAAUAUCUACCCUAUGGAUGCAUCUAAAGGCUGCACCUUAGAAAAGGCUGAAGGUGAAUGCAAUGGCAAAUAUUUGAGAUACUACUAUGAUUCCACUGAUAAAAAAUGCAAAAAAUUCCUUUGGACCGGAUGCCUCGGAAAUGGAAACAGAUUUUUUGACUAUAACAGCUGCAACUCCACCUGUUCUGUUGUCCAAGAUAAAUGUCAUUUAACUCCUGAUGAAGGUCAUGGCUCAAGUUUCAACUUUGCUGUGUAUUAUGAUUCCACCAAAGAUCAGUGCAGUCCUUUCAUAUAUAAAGGUGAAGGAGGAAAUGCCAACCGCUUUGAAAAUGAAGCAGAGUGCAUGAGAAACUGUUCACCCAAUGCAGAGAAUAUCUACCCUAUGGAUGCGUCUAAAGCUUGCCUCCUAAAACGAACGGAAGGUGGAUGCAAUGGCAACUGUGUGAAGUACUACUAUGAUUCCAGGGAUGAAAAAUGCAAAGAAUUCAUUUGGACCGGAUGCUUUGGAAAUGGAAACAGAUUUCACGACUACAACAGCUGCAACUCCACCUGUUCAGGUGUCAAAGAUAAGUGUUAUUUACCUCCUGAUGAAGGUCGUGGCUCAAGCUUCAACUUUGCUGUGUAUUAUGAUUCCACCAAAGAUCAGUGCAGUCCUUUCAUAUAUAAAGGUGAAGGAGGAAAUGACAACCGCUUUGAAAAUGAAGCAGAGUGCAUGAGAAACUGUUCACCCAAUGCAGAGAAUAUCUACCCUAUGGAUGCAUCUAAAGCUUGCCUCCUAAAAAGAGCUGAAGGUGGAUGCAAUGGCAACUGUGUGAAGUACUACUAUGAUUCCAGUGAUAAAAAAUGCAAAGAAUUCAUUUGGACCGGUUGCUCUGGAAAUGGAAACAGAUUUCACGACUAUAACAGCUGCAACUCCACCUGUUCAGGUGUCAUAGAUGGUCUUGAGGAGGAUGAAGUGGAUACACCAACUGGCCCUUACUCCACUGGAUAAUUCAGGACAUUUGACUCCAUCAAAUAAUAUCAUGGUGGUCACUGAUUCAAUGUUCAAC